GCUGGGAAGGACGAAGGCAGCGGAAAAUGGCGCCACGCAGGCCGGCCAGUCCUAAGAGCCUGGUGCCCUGUGCUGCCGCUCUGCUCCUCGCUCUGGGCGUAGAAAGGGCUCUGGCGCUACCCGAGAUAUGCAUCCAGUGUCCAGGGAGUGUGCAAAAUUUGUCAGAAGUGGCUCUUUUUUGUAAGCAGACACCGAAACUAAUGUUGCAUGCCCGUUGCUGCCUGAAUCAGGAGGGCACCAUCUUGGGGCUGGAUCUCCAGAACUGUUCUUUGAAGGACCCUGGACCAAAUUUCCCUCAAGCAUAUACAGCUAUCAUUGUAGACCUGCAAGAAAACCCCCUCAAGGAUGACUUGAUUAACAGAUUUCGUGGCUUCACUCAGCUCCAGACUCUGGUGCUGCCACAAGAUGUUAACUGUCCUGGAGGUAUUAGUGCCUGGAAUACUAUUAGCACUUACAAUGACAGUCAAACCUGCCGAGGGCAAAGGAACCUUUGCAAUAACACUGGAGACCCAGAAAUGUGUCCUGAGAAUGGAUCUUGUGCACCUGAUGGUCCAGGUCUCUUGCAGUGUCUUUGCGCUGAUGGUUUCCAUGGCUACAAGUGUAUGCGCCAGGGCUCCUUCUCUCUAAUUGUGUUCUUCGGGAUUCUGGGAUCCACCACACUAUCCAUCUGUAUCCUGCUAUGGGGAACCCAACGCCGAAAAGCCAAGGCUUCAUGAAUACGUGUGUCUCCCUAGUGAACAUCUGAUCUAUCUUAGCCCAGCUUGGGAGCUCUGCUCCCUAGACUGGCAUCGUU